UUUUUCUAUAGCGACCGAAUAUCCCAAUUAAAGGCUUCUCAAUUGGGAUCUUCGCUCCUUCACUGGAGCUCUCUCUCCGGUUAUCAGAUCUCACCGUUUCCACUUGUACUCUAUUGUGUAAUUUCACCGAAGCAGAUACUUUUUCAGAUCUCAAUUCGAUCUCUGACAUCUUUUCUUCUCCAGUCAGAUCAAACUUUUCCAAGAAAACAGAGGAACUAACAAGUUUCUGAGUUUUCCAAUCUUAUUUUCUGGCUCGCCAAACAUAUCCUCACUUGCACAAUUCUCCUUUUAUCAUGGGAUUUCGUUCAGGAUGUGCGAGUCCCACUUCCUGUGUCUAUCUUCUCCUUGUCGCCGGCUUGUUGCUCUUGGCUGUUGUUCGCGUAUCUGCUCAGGAGUCUGCGAAUGAUUCCGUGAAGGACGAAUUGAGCGACUGGGGUAAAGAUCUGGGCCGGCGUGGCAUGAUUGAUAAGAGUGCUCUUGGUGUAAGAAACAAGAACAAUGUGGAUUCCAUUGAUUUAAGUAUUAAUUUGGAUCACGGUCUUGGAAUUUUUGAUGCAUUAUUUGCAAGUUUUUCAAUGAUUAUGGUCAGCGAGAUUGGAGAUGAGACUUUUAUCAUAGCGGCUCUUAUGGCAAUGCGUCAUCCCAAAUCAACUGUAUUAUCGGGAGCACUAACUGCAUUGGUUGUUAUGACAGUACUUUCCACUGGACUAGGUAGGAUUGUGCCGAAUUUGAUCUCAAGGAAGCAUACAAAUAGUGCAGCUACAGUUCUUUAUGCAUUUUUUGGGCUGCGAUUACUAUAUAUUGCUUGGAGAUCAGAUUCAAAAUCCUCCCAGAAAAAAGAAAUGGAGGAGGUAGAAGAGAAACUUGAGUCAGGGCAGGGGAAAACAGCCUUCCGCCGCUUCUUUUCAAGAUUCUGCACCCCCAUAUUUUUGGAGUCAUUUGUUCUAACCUUUCUAGCUGAGUGGGGCGAUCGUAGCCAGAUAGCAACAAUUGCGCUGGCAACACACAAAAAUGCAGUUGGAGUCGCCAUUGGGGCUACAAUAGGACAUACUGUCUGUACGUCACUGGCGGUGAUAGGUGGAAGCAUGUUAGCAUCUAAGAUCUCACAAAAGACGGUUGCUACAGUCGGAGGCCUGCUUUUCCUUGGCUUUUCUUUUUCUUCUUAUUUCUAUCCUCCUCUAUAACUGAUUUUGUAGGCUAACCAGAUUCUUUAUAGAGUACUCAAUGCUCUAUACUGCAAAAAUUGCAUCUUCUUUUUUUUUAUUCACAUGUUAGACAAAGAUUUUGAACCCAUGUUUGACACCAGAUCUUACAGCAAAUUCUUUUUGUGUAAUCAGUGUAGAUAAAUAUAUUUCAGUUGUUUACUACAAAACUUCCACGCGUGAUAGUAAAAACUGCAAUGGAAGAUGUUGCCUUUUUGUU